UCCUGCCAAUAAAUCACAGCUGUGUUGUGCCUCUGGAAUGCAGGAGAAAACGCCGGCCUGGUUGAGGAGUUCCGCCGCGGAUGCAACCAUGAGAAAUCUCCCCUUGGUAGAAACGCACAGUUUCUCCUCGAAAGAAGCCCAGCAGCUGCUCCACAACAAGUUUGUCGUGAUCAUGGGCGACUCCAUUUACCGAUCGAUAUACAAAGACCUGAUCUCCAUCCUGCAAGCUGACAAGGUGGUCCCUGUUGAUGAGCUGAAGAAAAAGGGAGAGCCGUCUUUUGCCAACGAUAAACUGGUGAAAUAUAGUGGGUUAGGCUGCAGGAACGGAUACCGGGAGGUGCGCGAGUUCUGCACGGAUCACCACCUUGUGCGAUGCUACUUCAUUCCCCGCGUUUAUUCGGACUACGUGGAGUGUAUCCUGGACGACCUCCAAAGAGAGCCGAAGCCGGACGUGGUCAUCUUCAAUUCCUGCCUCUGGGACCUCAACAGGUACCAAGAGAAGGUCGCCAGGGAGCUUCGGCUGCCGAAGGCCAUCAGGCAGUACAAGCUCAACCUGGAGAAGCUCUUUCAGAGGCUGGAUCGUGUCCUUCCUCAGACCUGCCUUGCCAUCUGGAACACAGCCCUCCCCAUAGGGAAAGACCCUUCUGGAGCCCUCUACAAAGAGAUGGAGGGAGAGUACUGCUCAGCUGAGGAUGUGGAGAAAGCGACUCCCAUGGAUGUGGUUGAGGCCAACUUCUACGGUGCCAGCCUUGCCUGCAGCUACGGGUUCGACGUCCUGGACCUGCAUUUCUUCUUCCGCUUUGUGGACGACCUCCGCGUUACGGACGGGGUGCACUGGAACAGUUUGGCGCACCGGUUUAUUACCAGAUACCUGCUGACCUACAUUGCCGAUUCCUGGGGGGUCGAGCUUGAGAAGAAGAAGCCCAGCACAGGGAUUGGUUGGAACGGGACUGCAGCAGAUCAGCCGGCUUCCCCACCCCAAUUGUGCCAUGACUUCUUCUCGGCUGAAGAUGCUCCCAUCAGGCAGCUCCUUGUGGACAGAGAAGCCCCUGACAGCUAUGGUGCUCCCUACGCACCACAGCAAUCCGUACGGCAACGGGCCAGGGGGCGGGUUGGACUGUCACGACUGCCUACGUGA